AUGUCUUACGUACCCAAGUUCACAAUACCAGAGUCUUCAUAUGAUCCAUCGGCGUAUAACUUGAGGAAUGUAAAAUCAAAAUCAAGCCUAUUGGCAUACAUUAUCAGAUUAACCAACGGAGGAUCUUUGGCAUUAAUUGUGUCGUACUUGGUCGGGUUUUUUAUUGUUAAACCAUUGCUUGAAACUUCCAACUCUCGAAGGUUGGAAUUCCUUGAAUGUAUGAGACUGAGUUUGAGAAAUACAUACUUGAAAAUGAUCACCAAAGUGAGCUAUAUACCAAUUGUUGCUCUUAGAAGAAAUGGCAAACUAUAUGCUGAUGCAAUAGUUCAAACUGAGUCACCCUCAGAAAUUCAACGAGCUAUUGACGCUAAAGAAGAUAAGUUGUUACAGGGUGAACUACAUCAAAAAAUGGUGAAAAUGUCUUCGUUACUCAACACUUAUGUCAAGCAUUGGUCAAUGGAGGAUUUCAGUAACUACAAAGGGGUUAAUUUUGCAAUCAAAGAUUUACAAAACAAGUCCGAUUUGGUUUAUUUUGACGAUCAAGAGUUUUUUACCAUGGAUACUGGUCUUGAAGCUGGACCAAAUGGAGGUAAAACGAAGAAAAGGAAUAUUGUGGUGGAUACAAAGAAUGAAAUCAGGAGUAUAAAGGGGUUAUAUAUGAGUGGACAAGUCUAG